GCGAACUGCUUUGAAACUGCCACAACCGCUUUCCUUGAUGAAGACAACACCAAUUUCAUUUGCACUAUCAUCAAAUUCUUACACAAAAAUGAAGAACAUUCUACUCAUUAUUAUUUCACUCUCUGCUCUCUCUUCGUUCCCAAUAUCUUCUUCUACAGAUAGAUCACAACUACCCCUAUUUGCUUUCAGUUGGUGGGAUGAUAAGGGAACAUUUAGGGCUGGUGAGACUGCAAACAUUAAAGUUAAAGUACUUGAGAAUGGUGAUAAGAUUCACAAAAAUGAUUUCAACCCUAUACUUAAUGUGAAUGGAAAGGAAGGGAAUAGUUCCUAUGUAUCCACUGUUUUGUUGAAUUUCCAAGGAGAUUUUGAUAGUUGGAAGAUUUCUUUCACUCCUAUUAGGGUUGGAUUGUUCAAUGUGCUCAUUAAUGAGGAUCGUUAUAAAGUUUAUGAUUCAUCAUUGCAUUUCCAGGUUCAACCAGGGAACAUGUAUCCAUCCGUGUGUGUUGCAUCAUGGAAAGGAAUGAAAUUUGAAUUUCAAGCUGGUUCAAAAGCUACAAUUAUGGUGCUCCUUAAAGAUGCAUUUGGGAAUGGCAUAUCUAAAACAACUCAAGUGUCCUAUUUGCCUGAUUUUAAGUUGUCUAUGCUGAGUGAAAAUGGUUCUGUUGCAAGUCAGCCUGAUAUCUCCAACAUGGGAUGGGAUGAGUUUGAUUUUAUAGUUAUUGAGUUUGUAGUGACCAAAGCUGGAAACUUCUCUUUGCGCAUUGAAGGAGGAAAUCAAACCUUGAAUGGUUCUCCAUUACCAUUAAAAGUUAAUCCAGGAGUUAUAGAUGUCUCUAAAUGUGUUGCCAAAUGGAAAAUUGAACAUCAUGCAUGGCAAUUGUCUUCAAAAAUGGAAAUCUUUAUACAUCAGUUGGAUCAAUAUGGAAAUCUGGUUUCUGGACUAUAUCCAUUUGAUGCUGAAGUUGUCGAAAGAGACACAAAUUUGUCAAUACCAAUAGCAGAUCUUCAUUUUGAGGAAGUAGAUGCUGGAAUUCAGUUGUUUUCCUUUGGAAAUUGGGAACCAGGGAACUUCCUGUUAACAAUAUAUGAUUCCAAGCAUAAUAAAAGCAUUUCAAAUAUGCCAUAUGUUUAUACUGUUUUUGUAGGUUAUUGUGAUGGGGUCAAAAGUGUGGUCAAUGGAUCUGGUUUAAAUAAUUCAAUUGUUGGGAUAAGGGAAGAAUUCUCUGUUUAUUUGAAUGACAUGUAUCAAUAUCCUUCUCUUGUUGAAGCAGGCAUACUUCAAGUACAAAUCUUAAGAGAUAAUGACUCCUACAGUGUUUCGCCAAUCAUAUAUCCCAUGUUAAACAAUACUGGGAGUAGAGUGGACUCAGGAGUGAGAUAUGAUGGUAGCAGUCGCAUGGAAACCACCCUGUCACCAUCAAUAGAGAUAGGAAACAAUUCUAAUGUGAGUGGGAGCUCUGUAAUUACAAGUUCUUUUCAAGUGGAAUACACACCAGAGAAAAGUGGCUUUUAUGAUAUUAAUGUAUAUUGUGGAAACAUAUUAUUGAAUGAGGGUCAUUCCUUCAGAAAAGAGGUAAAAGCAGGUGAAGUAAAUAUCUCCUUGUCUAGUGUUGUGAGGUUUUCUUCGAAGGUACCAAAGCUGUCAAAAAAUGAAAUGGUUGUACAGCUUUUGGAUUCAUAUUUAAACCCUGUCCUCUCUCAGCAAUCAAGGUUGAAAUUGGAGAUUACUUCAAUUAAUAGUUCUGGGUUUUCAACUUGGGACACCAUGGAUAAUAAGGAUGGGUCAUACAGUUGCAGCUAUAUGGCUAAAGAUGUUGGUACUUAUGAGAUUUGUGCUUCUUUUGAUGGCAAGCAUUUCUUGCCAUGUCCCCUCAGUAUCAAUGUCUAUAGUAGUGAAUAUUUCCCCAAAGCCAAUGAUGAUGCAGUAUCUAUUUGGGAGGAUGAGUCCAUUGCCUUUGAUGCCUUGGCAAAUGAUUAUUUUGCGGGUGAUAAUGCAAGUAUAGUUGAAUUCUCAAAAUCAGAUCAUGGUUCACUUAUACAGAACGGAAGGAUCUUUCGCUACACUCCCUAUGAAGAUUAUUAUGGAAAUGAUACCUUUUGGUAUACAAUAUCUGAUAUAAAUGGAAAUCUUGCUACAGCUUCUGUGUACAUUUCUGUUCUCAACAUUCCACCUCAGUUUGCUUCUGUUCCAAGUCAACUGCAAGCAACAGAAGAUUUGAUAAGCCCUAGAUUUGGUGGUUUUUCGGGGUUUGAGAUAACAUAUUCAAAUUUAUUGGAGAAUAUUUCUGUCAAUCUGAGUGCACUAUCUGGAAGUAUAUUUCUGUCUCCAAUGUUGAUGCAAUUUGGAGGACCAAUGUGGAGUGAAAUUACAAUUAAUGCAGGAAAUGAAACAGCAACCAAUUUAAUACUAGAAGGCACUGUAGAAGUUAUUAACAUUGCGCUUCAGUCAAUUCAGUACCUUGGAAAUGAGAAUUUUUACGGUGCAGAUAUCAUUCAAGUCUCCGCAAAGAAUAAGAAUGGAAUAAAUUCAUUAGGUGUUCCAAUUUUUAUUGAUCCCAUCAACGAUCCUCCAUAUAUAAAAGUCCCUUACUUCAUCAUAUUGAGGAGUAAUGAAGAUGAGACCCUUAUCUUUGACAAAGAGAAAAACAAGUUUGACUUUUACAUUGGAGAUCCUGAUCUUCUUACCUUCCCUGGUGGUCAAGCUCAUUUUCUGGUGACGUUCUCUAUGGAAGUGAAUGGUGGAUUACUAGCAACAAAUCUUCCAUCUCAUUUGAUCAACACAACUGAACUGAAGCACAGGAACAAUUAUCAGUGGCAGCCUCUUCAAACAUAUGUAACUAUCUCAGAGCACUUUAUGGUCAAAGCCAGUGGAAUCAGAUUUCAAGGCACAGUCAAUGACUGUAAUUUUGUUAUGCAGCAACUCUAUUAUCAUGGAGGUGAACAUGGAGCUACAUUAACAUUGACAUUGAAUGAUAUGGGAAAUUAUGGGUGUUAUCCAGACUGUGAAGAGGGAAUGUCAAUGCCAUUAUAUACUGAGGCUAUGGUUAAUUUAAUGAGAAAGCAGCCAAUGGCACCAUUUCUUGCUCACACUUUAGGAUCAAUCAUUGUCAUUGAAUUUGUGAUCAUUUUCUCUCUUGGAUUGUUGCUUCUAUAUUUCACCUGUAAAUGUGCAAUUCUUCUCGUGCAUGAAAGAAGAAAGCAUGAGAAAAGGACUUCAGAGCCAUCUACUGAUCAAAGUUCUCAAGGAAAAACUUCAAGCAUGAACAUACCUGAGAAUGCUACUUAUUCUGGUGGUUGUUGUUUGAGCUCUUCCUUGCUUCGUUUUCGUAUGCAAUCCUUGAACUUUCGCCAACGGUCUCGUCCUCUAUUUGAAGUUGGAGAACCUAGCAAGGUAGUAAAUUCAUCAUCUCCUUUAACAACACUGCAUACAGUUAUGCCAACCUCUACCUCUCUUGCCUUUUCACAAAAAACAUAGUUUAAAUUAAAAUGGUUAAUCCGUUUUCAAUUGGUAAUAUAGAUGAUUGUAUUAAAGUGCAGUAUGGAUUCAAAUCUUCAGUUUUUGUCUUGUUAUGUUUGUAGUAUGGAUUGAAAUAUUCAAUUUUUGUCUUGUUAUGUUCAUAGUUUAAGAGACUGUAAAUAUGUUUUAUAUAAACAUUCGAGAAAACUUCAUUGUUAUGUCA